CCCCCCCCCCCCCCCCUGCAUUUUGAGUUGUUGAUGAUUUAAUUUGGGAACUUCUUCCUUUUGGAUACCAAUAAAUAUUUGCAGAAUUGCAUUGAAUCUUCUAUCUAAAGAAGUAUUACUUCUGUGAUUGAAGUUAAAUGGUGUAUUAAGUCUCAUUUUAUGCACAAUAGUGGUUAUCUCAAAGACCCUUCUUGUUGAUGCAUAACUAUGGAGGUUCGAAUUCUCAGCAUAUUCUUUGGUAAGAUAUUUCUCUGCAAAUUGAACUUAAGCAACACAGAAUUGAUAACCAAGCUAAUUGCAAUAUUCAAUGAAUGGAAGGAAUUAUUCAUUAGGACAGUUUUUAAAACUUGGUUGGAGAAUAGGCAUUGCCUCUUGUUCAAUGACAGAAAUGAGGAUUGAAGUGUAUGUUGGCUACUUGUGGACAGUGGUUAAUGACGGAGUAAAACUUGCUCAUGGCUGACGGUAUCUGCCAAAAAAAAAAAAGGAACCACUUCCCAAAUCUUUAAAACACACAUCGGAGGAGUAACUCCACGAACCAAAAAAAUGAGAUGGUGUUAGCUUCUAAUACCCUUUUGAUGAUAAUUCAUUAAGUAAUAAUCUUUUUAAGAAUCUAAUAAUAUAAUGUAUGAAUCUGAACAUGAAAGUUUCACGUUCAUCAACCAUGCUGAUGGAAAAGUAUGAAAAGAGGCAGAUCCAGACUUUGACAAAGAAGGAGAAAGCAGAAGAGCAGAUUGAACAAAAAUAAGACAAAACGAAAGACAUUGUUUAGGAAUAUUAGGAGUUUUACAAGGCACCAAUAUCUCGGAAUAAACGUAGCAUUUGUCUUAAAUUGUAAUAGUAAAUACAGAUUUUGUGAUAAGUGGAUAAGAAGCCUUACACAUGACGCUCCGACAUGAAAUUUAGGUAAUUCAUGCGCUGUGUAUCUUCUCGUGCUGAUUAAAAAUAGGAAGAACCGGUAAAAACAGGAGUAUUCCCAUUAUGGUUCUGUAAGAGCCUCUUUUUGUUCUGAAAUUUAUUUCCCUGUCACAAUGUCUAUUUUCCUGAGACUUUCCUCUCUGCUUUCUCCUACUUUCUUUCCUCCCAAACAUGAAAUGCUUUUAUUAUUUGUUGGGACUGACUUUUCUCUUCAGCUUCUUGAUUCUCUAUUCUCCUUGGACAUCUGAGCCCACAAACAAUCUGACCUUUCGUCAAUCGUUUCCACUUCCAAAGGAAGAUUUUUGUGACUUGUCCAGUGGUCACUGGGUUCGUGACCUAAGAGGGUCUCAAUAUACAAAUGAGAGCUGCUCAUCAAUCCCCGAAACAAAGAAUUGUUUCAAGUAUGGAAGGAAAGACACAGAUUUCUUGAAAUGGAGAUGGAAACCUGAUAACUGUGAGCUUCCGAGAUUCGAUCCCAGGAUUUUUUUUGAUAUUGUUAAAGGAAAGACAAUGGCAUUUAUAGGGGAUUCAGUUGCUCGGAACCACGUCGAAUCGCUUCUUUGUCUCUUGUCACUGGUGGAAGUCCCGUUGAGCACGUAUAGAGAUGAUGAUGAUCGAUUUCGAACUUGGCAUUUUCCGGAAAAUAACUUCACUGUCAUGGUCCUAUGGACUAGGUUCUUGGUGAUGGGCGAGGAGAGAAUAAUCAACGGGAAAAAUUCUGAUUCCUUUGAUUUGCAUCUAGACAAGUUAGAUAAGAAUUGGACAAGUAAACUCCCUGAAAUGGACUAUGCAAUAAUCUCAGACGUCCAUUGGUUCUAUAGGAGGCACUUCUUACAUGAUAAUGAAAAUAUGAUAGGGUGUAUAUAUUGCAGCGAACCCAACAUCAAAAGCUAUACUGUUGAGUUUGCCCUUGAGAGGGUAAUAAGACUUGUUCUCAACUACAUCAAUGAGUGCAAAGAAUGCAAGAGCUUAGUGACAUUGUUAAGAACAGGAUCGCCAGCACAUUUUGAGAACGGAGCAUGGAACACAGGAGGAAAUUGCAACAGGACAAGUCCUUUCCAAGAAUCAGAGAUUAGCUUGGAAGGUAUAGAAUGGAGGCUUAGAAACAUGCAAGUGGAUGAGAUAAAAAGGGCAAGCAAAGUGAAGAAGAAAGGAAAAAGAUUUGCGAUUUUGGAUGUUACCAAAGCUAUGUUAAUGAGACCUGAUGGUCAUCCAGAUUCUCAUUGGGAUGAUAAAUGGAUGAAAGGUUAUAAAGAUUGUGUCCAUUGGUGCAUGCCAGGCCCCAUCGAUGCAUGGAACGAUUUUUUAAUGGCAGUGCUCAAGAGAUAUGCUCCUAUCUCUAUACCUAGGAAGAUAAGUGAGUGAGGUUAUCACAACUUUGCUGGAAAUCAAUGAUACUUCUCUGGGCUACACUAUUUAUAGAAGUUUUACUCGUUUGACCUCAAUGCAUAUGAUUAGAUUUAAAAUAUUAAAUGUAUACUUUUUGGUUUUUUUUUUUUUAAUUUGUAUUUAUAUUUUAAGAGUACAGUGGAUGUAAAUGCAAGAGGGAAACAAUAAUAUGUUUUUU